AUGAUUCAAAGAAAACGAAUUUUACAACAAAGUGGAAUAUUCCUCAAACAGAACCCAGGAGAAGCUCAUCUCACAAUUGAAGAACUGCGUGAAAUGGCUGCCAGUAACAAUGCUAGUGUAUUUAUGUCUAAAGUGUCGAGAUAUGUUGGCAAUAUUGCAGGUACUAAUGCUUACUGGAAUAGAGUAAGAGAGGAACUCAAAGCUAUCAUAACUAGUGUCGGAGCACCAACAUUAUUUUUCACUUUCUCCUCUGCAGAUAUGCAUUGGCCUGAGUUACAUGUUUUAUUUAAAGCUGACAAUGAGUUAGGUAAUUCUACCAGUGAUGUAAGACGACAGAAUGUGAUAAACAAUCCUCCUGUUGUAGAUUGGUUUUUCACAGAAAGAUUAUAAAGCUUUGUAAAACACUGGCUUUAUGAUACACUUGGUGCAAAAUGGCACUGGUUUCGAUAUGAAUAUCAAGGUAGAGGUAGUAUCCAUUGUCAUGGUACUGCUAAACUAAAUAAUGACCCAGGUUUGUGUCAACUUACUCAAACUGCUUUGAAAGGUUUCUUAGCUCAAAAAUUUAAAGAUGAAAAUGAUUGUUCUGACACAACUGAACUAGACCAGGAUAUUGAAACUGGACAGAAAGCAACUGACACAGUAUGUCAGUAUGUUGAUUGGUUAUUAUCAACCAUCAAUCCUAAUCCACCAGAUGAGGACAUGUGGAUAAGACCUGAGGUUCAUCCAUGUCAAAGAAGUCAUCAUGACAUUCCUGAGCAUGAAAAACAAUCAGAUUAUGUAGAUCUUUUGAACAUGGUUCAACGACACACUCGUUGUAGUACAAGUUAUUGUCUUAGAAAGAAGUCAAAUGAAACGGAGUUGAAAUGUAGAUUUCACUUCCCUUUUGAUAUUUGUCCUAAGACAAAAUUCGAAUUUGAAAAAAUUCACACUUCAGGUGAUAAUGAGCAUUAUCGAGCUAAGAUUGUGACUAAACGAAAUGAAUCUAGAUUAAAUAAUCAUCAACAACUUCAGCUCCAAGGAUGGAGAGCUAACUGUGAUAUUCAAGUUGUUAUUGAUCACUAUGCUUGUGUUGAAUAUCUCACGAAAUAUGCAGCGAAAGGUUAGCCAAGAUCACCUAUAUUAAAACAAGCAUUCAAUUCUAUUGUGCAAAAUGUUGACAGUAAUACUGAUAGAAAGUAGUUUAUGAAAUUUCUUGGUGAAAGAGAUUAUGCAGCUCAAAAGACAAUGCAUCAUUUGUUGUCUUUAAAACUCCACAGCUCAUCCUUUAAAGUAAUGCCAGUUAGUCUAAAUGGUUCACGUAGAGUGCGUGAUGCUGCAAGCUAGUAUUGACGAGAGUGAAUCGUGCACCCAUUGUUCACUUCUUGAUGUGUAUGCUAAUCGUGAACAAUAUGAGAGUUCACAAAAUAUAAUAAAUAUGAACUUUGUUCAAUUUGCUACAACAUACAAAGUUGUUAACAAUGAACUGACAAAAAUUGCCAGAGAAUAUUAUACCGCGAAUAUUUCCAACAUAUUCUCCUAAUGCCAAAGGUCCAAAUUUUGGCCUAUAUUGUAAAUAUCAACUUUUGCGGUAUAAACCAUGGAGAACAACCCAAAAUAAUGCAUGGGGUGACCAAGAACCAACUGACGAGGUUCUGAUCAACUGUUGGCAUGAAUUUUUACAAACACCUUAUGGACAGUGUAAUGUCCCAGACUGGUUUGAUAAAUUACAAGCUGCUAUUCAAAGUCAAGAAGCAGAAGGUGAACCUGCUGACCAACAGGAGACAACUCGAGAAGAAUGGAUGAUAUUAUCAGACCUCAACACUCCUUUUGACAACUCUGAACAAACACCAGAGUCCACAUAUGACUGGCAUCUUGACAGAGCCAAUUAUUCAGAACAACAAAUCCAAGAAAUGCCAACAUGGAUAAAAACGAACAAAGAGGAAUACACUAUUGAUGAGCAAUAUGAUGUUACAUCAUAUUGCUCAUCAAUAGAUUGA